UAGAGAGUUACGCUCAUCUUAUAAAAUAAAAAAGUUGGACUAAUCGGCGAAGACCGAAUACAAAUAAGAGGGUCCGAAUAGCACCGAGGGUUUUACACGGUUCUAAAAAUACUGAAAAUUCACCAUCAUUCCACACGCAACUGAUAACGAUCCAUUCAUAAUUCGAAGAACCAGAUCCAAGGAUAUGCCUGUUUGAGAUUUUUUAAAAAUUGUUCUAUUUGAGCAUUGCAAUGGAGGUGUAGAGGAUAUCUAUCUAUCCACAAUUAGAUGCUCAGAAUUCGACAAUGAAGCGUUAUGUUUACAUCGAUGAUGAUGAGUCAUCUCAUGAUCUUUACUGUGAUAAUCGAAUAUCAAAUAGAAAAUAUACUUUAUUGAACUUUCUUCCAAAAAAUUUAUGGGAACAAUUCAGCCGGUUCAUGAAUCAGUACUUUUUGCUGAUAGCUUGCUUGCAGUUAUGGCCUCUCAUUACUCCAGUAAAUCCUGCCAGUACAUGGGGUCCACUUAUCUUUAUUUUUGCAGUCUCUGCAUCAAAAGAGGCAUGGGAUGAUUACAAUAGAUAUCUUUCAGACAAAAAGGCAAAUCAGAAGGAAGUAUGGGUUGUUAGGAAAGGUGUCAAGAAACUUAUUCAAGCCCAGGAUAUUCAUGUAGGUAAUAUAAUAUGGCUACGUGAAAAUGAUGAAGUGCCUUGUGACCUUGUUUUGAUUGGCACGUCUGAUCCCCAAGGAGUUUGCUAUAUAGAGACUUCUGCACUGGAUGGUGAAACUGAUUUGAAGACGCGGGUCAUACCUUCUGCUUGCAUGGGAAUUGAUGUUGAACUAUUACACAAAAUUAAGGGUGUAAUUGAGUGUCCCAGUCCAGAUAAAGACGUCAUGAGAUUUGAUGCAAACGUGCGUUUGUACCCCCCUUUUAUUGAUAAUGAUGUAUGCCCUUUAACCAUUAAAAACACAAUUCUUCAGUCAUGUUACUUGAGAAAUACUGAGUGGGCAUGUGGAGUUGCUAUCUAUACAGGAAACGAAACCAAAUUGGGCAUGAGUAGGGGUAUCCCAGAACCAAAGCUCACUGCUAUGGAUGCCAUGAUCGACAAGUUGACUGGUGCUAUAUUUAUAUUCCAAAUUGUUGUUGUAUUGGUUCUUGGCAUAGCGGGUAAUGUUUGGAAGGACACAGAAGCAAGAAAACAAUGGUAUGUUCUUUACCCUCACGAAGGCCCUUGGUAUGAGUUAUUGGUAAUCCCUUUGCGGUUCGAGCUUCUUUGUUCUAUCAUGAUACCCAUUUCAAUUAAGGUAUCUCUGGAUUUAAUGAAGAGCUUGUAUGCAAAGUUUAUUGACUGGGACCAUCAAAUGAUUGACCUAGAGACUAGCAUUCCAUCUCAUGCAACAAAUACAGCGAUAAGCGAGGACCUUGGACAAGUAGAGUACAUUUUGACAGACAAAACAGGCACCCUGACUGAAAAUAAGAUGAUAUUUAGAAGAUGUUGUAUUAGUGGCAUUUUCUAUGGAAAUGAGAGUGGAGAUGCAUUGAAAGAUGUAGAGCUUCUUAAUGCUAUUUCCAGUGGUUCUUCUGAUGCUGUACUAUUUCUUACAAUUAUGGCAAUAUGUAAUACUGUCAUACCUACACGAAGCAAAACUGGAGAUAUCUUGUAUAAGGCACAGUCUCAGGAUGAAGAUGCUCUUGUUCAAGCUGCUGCUCAGCUGCAUAUGAUUUUCUUCAAUAAAAGUGGAAACAUUCUUGAAGUCAAGUUCAACACUUCUAUACUUCAGUAUGAAGUCCUGGAGAUCUUAGAGUUCACUUCUGAUAGGAAAAGAAUGUCAGUAGUGUUGAAAGAUUGCCAAAAUGAAAAGAUCCUUCUCCUGUCAAAAGGAGCAGAUGAGGCUAUUCUUCCAUAUGCUCGUGCUGGGCAGCAAACCCGUCACUUCAUUGAUGCUGUGGAACAAUAUGCUCACUUGGGAUUACGUACACUAUGUUUGGCUUGGCGUGAGUUAAAGAAAGAUGAAUAUCAAGAUUGGUCUUUGAUGUUUAAAGAAGCCAGUAGCGCUUUGGUUGAUAGAGAGUGGAGAAUAGCUGAGGUCUGCCAAAGAGUAGAACAUGACUUGGAAAUUCUUGGUGUUACGGCGAUAGAAGACCGCUUACAGGAUGGAGUUCCUGAAACAAUAGAAACACUAAGGAAAGCUGGAAUAAAUUUUUGGAUGCUAACAGGAGACAAACAGAAUACUGCAAUACAAAUUGCACUGUCAUGUAAUUUCAUUUCCCCAGAACCGAAGGGACAGCUUCUACUAAUUGAUGGAAAAACAGAAGACGAAGUUUGCAGAAGUUUAGAAAGAGUGCUUCGUACAAUGCGGAUAACUACCUCAGAGCCCAAGGAUGUGGCUUUUGUUGUUGAUGGAUGGGCUCUUGAGAUAGCACUUAAACACUACCGCAAAGCUUUCACGGAGCUGGCAGUAUUGUCAAGGACUGCUAUAUGCUGUCGUGUGACACCGUCGCAAAAAGCACAGCUUGUACAGAUAUUAAAAUCAUGUGAUUAUAGAACAUUGGCAAUUGGCGACGGAGGAAAUGAUGUAAGGAUGAUACAACAAGCAGAUAUUGGUGUGGGCAUAAGUGGCAGAGAAGGAUUGCAGGCAGCAAGAGCAGCUGAUUACAGCAUUGGAAAGUUUAGAUUCCUAAAGAGAUUGAUUUUGGUCCAUGGCCGGUAUUCAUACAACCGUACAGCAUUUCUCUCGCAAUAUUCAUUCUAUAAGUCCUUAUUGAUAUGCUUCAUCCAAAUCUUGUUGAAAAAGGCGUUAUAUGGCCUAAAGCAAUCACCUCGAGCAUGGUUUGGAAGAUUCACUAAGGUUAUGACAUCCUUGGGGUACAAGCAAAGUCAAGGGGAUCACACCUUGUUCAUCAAACACUCGCCACAAGGGGGAGUAACAGUUUUGUUAGUAUAUGUGGAUGACAUUAUAAUGACUGGAGAUGAUUGGAAGGAGCAACAUAUCUUGAGUCAUUGUUUGGCUAAGGAGUUUGAAAUAAAAGCUCUUGGAAAGCUGAAGUACUUCUUGGGAAUCGAGGUGGCACAUUCCCGAAAAGGCAUUUUUAUAUCACAACAAAAAUACAUUGCAGAUUUACUCAAAGAGACAGGAAAAACAGCGUGUAAACCAGCGAGCGUUCCUAUGGAUCCAAAUCUUAAAUUGGGUAAUACAGAAGAUGUUGCAGUAGAUAAAGAAAUGUAUCAACGUCUAGUUGGGAGAUUAAUUUACUUGUCUCACACUAGACCUGAUAUUGCAUAUGCUGUAAGUAUGGUUAGUCAGUUCAUGCACUGUCCUAAAGAGAUCCAUUUACAAGCAGUUCAUAGAAUCAUGCAGUAUCUCAAGGGAACUCCAGGAAGAGGAAUUUUGUUCAAAAGAAAUGGAAAUACAACACUUGAGGCCUACACUGAUGCAGACUAUGCAGGAUCAAUUGUUGAUAGAAGAUCCACUACAGGGUAUUGCACCUUUCUUGGAGGAAAUCUUGUGACUUGGAGGAGUAAGAAGCAAAAUGUAGUAGCACGUUCUAGUGCUGAAGCUGAAUUUCGAGCCAUGGCACAAGGCAUUUGUGAAUUACUUUGGCUUAAAAUUAUUUUAGAAGAUUUGAAAAUCAAAUGGGAAGGACCCAUGAAGCUCUACUGUGAUAAUAAGUCAGCUAUCAGUAUAGCACAUAAUCCAGUUCAACAUGAUCGAACUAAGCAUAUUGAGGUUGAUAGACACUUCAUUAAGGAGAAGCUUGACAGUGGGCUGAUUUGCACCCCAUAUGUGUCCUCACAUGGGCAACUUGCGGAUAUUCUCACUAAAGGAUUGAGUUGCUCAAAUUUUGAACGAAUUAUAUCCAAGCUGGGAAUGGAGAAUACUUAGUCACCAGCUUGAGGGGGAGUGUUGGAAAUAGAAAAAAUACAUAGUAUGUUUUCCAUUAAAAAGAGCAUUUAAGUUUUAGGUUCAUGUAUAUUUAGAUUCAUGCAUUUAGGAAGUUGGACUAUUAUUUAUUUCUCCUUGUAAACAUAAUAUGUAAUUAAUUAUAUAGUGUAUGAAUAUUAUGGAUGCUGAGUGCUUUACUCACUCAAGCACAUUCAGAACACUCUGAUUUCUAUUUUUCACAGGCCUAAUACAAAAAAAUAAAUAUAAUAAUAGUAUACAUACAUAUACAUACACAACAAUGCCCUUGCCAGAAGUCCAGGGUAAUUGUUUAUUAUGAAAGUACACAAAAUCCCACUCGAGUGGCUCCAGAAAAGUAAACAUUAACAGCGUGUUGUUUUUCUUUCCUCUCUAUCCUUUUGUGGUUGUUGUUUGAUUACGACAAGUACAUUUCAAUUUUUUUCUAUUCUCAAACUUUUAAAAU